UCCUGUCUUGGUCCGACCACAAAUCAAGCCUUAAUUAACUAGCAUGUCAAUGCCCUAGGUCACACACUGUAUAGAAGACCCACUGGGUCAUUUCAUCAUCCAGUCCGUUCAGUGUCUGUAGGGGAGGCUAUUGUCUGCAGGUCGUAACAGAAAAAAAAUACCGUCUACAGACUAUAUAAGGACAUCAUCACAAUCUCAAGGUGUGACUAAGUAAGUAGCGCCGAGUCCUGUUUAGGAAACAAUGUCUCGCAUGACUGUCUUCCUCGUCAUUGUCUCACUGGCGACUGUGGUCAGUGCCGGCUACGUCAACGACUGGGACUCGCCCUUCAACUUCAGAUGUCCAGACAAUCAGAUCAUCAGUUACACAUCCAGUAUCCAUGACAACCGUAAGGAAGACAGACGCUGGGAGUUUCUGUGCAGGACAGCUGGGAAGACACACUCUUGCAUCGACAGCGGCUACGUCAACGAGUUUGACGAACCAAUAGUUUACACUUGCCCUGGAAACAAGGUCAUGGUGGGCGCCCACAGUUACCAUAGCAACAAACACGAGGACCGCAGAUUUGGCUUCUACUGCUGUGACGUCAAGGGAAGGAGCCCACGAAAUUGCUAUGACACCGGCUACGUCAACGACUGGGACCAGAAGCUGACCUUGGUUGUACCGGAAGGAAAAGCUAUCAAAGCGGCAUUUAGUCACCAUGACAACCGUCGCGAGGACCGCCGCUGGAAAUACCAAAUCUGUACACUUUAAAACUGACUACUUUAGAAUUUCUGUUAUGUGAUAUUUUAUUCUUAUUAUUGACUUAAAGUAGUCCUCCAUUUCAUCCUAAUUUUUAUGAUACUAAUAGAUCUACAUUUACGUAGUAAGAAAUGUUUUCUGAAUUAUGCAACGAAAGUCUCCAGUCACUAUAAAAUCGUAUGUGUUUAUUCGAAACAAUAAAAGUUGAUUUUACA